AUGUCAGUGUCAGAUGGUGAGAUCUGGGCUCUGCCUCUGCAGCUUUGGGAGAAAUAUGGGGACGUCUUCACAAUCUACCUGGGGCCCCACACUGUCGUAUUCCUUUGUGGAUACCAGGCGAUGCGGGAGGCCCUAGUGGAUCAGGCUGAGGCUUUCUCUGGGCGAGGGUUCAUCGCCAUCACUGAUCCCAUAUUCCAGGGAACUGGCAUAAUCUUUGCCAAUGGAAAACCUUGGAAAGUCCUCAAGAGGUUCUGUUUGACCACCAUGAAGGCCUUUGGGAUGGGGAAAUGGAGCAUCGACGAGAGGAUCAAGGAGGAGGCUCAGUGUUGGUAA